AUGUUUUUCCUCUCCCCCUGCCUUCUCCGUAGUCGAAGUAAACGUUUGCUUGUACAGCUGAAGAGCGCCGCGCUGUCCAACUUCUUCUAUAUGACCCACAAAUCUCCCAGCAAAAAAAAUACAAGAAUCGCGCUGAGAAAGCAUGAUCCUAGGGCUGGAAAGCAUGUGAUGUUCUAUGAAACGCGGCAGCCAGCUGACAGCUCGAAGAAGCGUUUAAGCCUUCACCUGCAGAAGUAUAUCCAUUGGACAGGCAGGAACAUGAAACUGAUGGCGAGGCGGGUCGAGCGGGCCUGGGAAUAUGGAGCCUUUCAAAAGUAUUUCGAUGAGAAAUACCCAACUCUCACAGACUCAAGGGGAAGGAGUUUGCCGCGCAUGAAAUAA